CCCUAGAAUGGCUCCCAGGGGGCUUCUCUGGGGUUUGUUGCAUGAGGUGGGGGCUCAGCCUCCUGAAAUCGAAAGUCUCGAAGCUUUUGGCAUCUGUGUGCAUUCAGCAGAAAGCAAGCUGAGGACAGAGCAGUUCCCUGCAUGAGUGGGUGGCUCCGUGUAGGGUAUAGGCUUUGCAGGGGGAAAGCUGCACGGGAUGGGGCUGUCAGUGGGGUCAAAAGCACAGCCUGCAUCCAGACCACUCUGCAGGGGGGGGUUGUGGCUGGGGUGCACCGGCAGGGCAUGGGGAUGUGGGGGGACGUGGGGACGUGGGGAUGUGGGGACGUGGGGACAUGAGGACAUGGGAACACCAUUCCCCAGUGCGCUGCAGGCUGCAGUGAGUGAGCCCAUGCAGGAUCCUGUGCACAGCCCUACACCUCCAUCCCUCCACCCCAGAGCCCAUCCCAACCAAAACCCAAAGCCCGGAGCACCCAAAUCAGGAGCCCAGAGCCACCACCCCCCGAGAGAUGACACUGUCAGCCGUGUUUAAGCCCCCCCCAGAAACACUGGUGGCAUUGGCAGCUUGGAAGAGGAGGGUCACCGCACUGGAUCCCCCCACUGGGCUCAACCCUGGGCUGAAUCCUGCCCCCAAACCAGCUGGGGGAGGGGGCACAUCUGGCAGCGGCUGCGGAAGCGCUUACCCAGCACUGCGCUGCACGGCCCGAGUCACACAUUUGUCCCCUUUGCGCAAAAAGCAGAGAUCAAAGAAGUGUGAAUCUACCUGGAAGGGCUAUUUUUAACCUGGGGGAGCCAAAACAAAAACUGACGGCCAGCAGAAAUCCUCGGGUUUUUGUUUAACCCAGCAGGAGACUUGGCUGAAAUAUGCGUUCACCAAAGAGCCCGGGCAACGACACGGGAAAGGGCUCCUCAAGGAAAUUUCAAAUUCAUGUUGUGCUUAAAAAGCAAAUUCAAAUCCGAUGUUCUCCCCCCACCCCCACCCCCCCGGGCAAGGGGCUGCAGCCGGAUGGUGCUCACUGCUGUGCAGAGCCUCAUUUCUGCAGUUCUAUCUCUGACAGCACGACCCAGGGGCUGUACCCCCCCGGUGGGGUCUCAUUCUUCUGAUGGAGGGUGGGGAAAGCCAAAGGAAACGGAGCCCCACCUCGCCCCAAUUUGCUCCUUGCAUGAUGGAGUCAUUCUCCAAGCUGAGCCCCAGCAGCUCGGGGGUCAUCUCCCCCCAUGCCCCAGAGCCAAAUCCAUCGUCCACAGUGCAGCACCCUCCCCCAGUUCUCAGCCUGACCCCCUACAGAUGCUGCAAGCAGCUUUAUCCAUGCACAGAGAUGCUUUGCUAAUCAAUUAGGGUGCACCUCAAUGAACUGGGGGCUGCAGAAGAUGCUCCAAGCCAUGGGGUGGGCUGGGAAGGAGCGCAUGGAGGGGAUGGAGCUGCAAGCACAGCCCUGACCCCAGCACCCUGCAAACAACCCGGGGGUCCCCCCGAACACCGUGACCUUCAGGGACAUUCAUCUCUCAGCACCAGGUCCAGGCACUGCUCCUAUCACGACGUGACGAGGACCAGAGCUGGCAUGUCAGUAGCAGAGCAAAUGUCCCCGUGUCCCCGUGUCCCUGUGCCAUGCAUGGGGCCAGGCUUCCCCAGGAGCUCCCGCGGAGCAGCUCCGGCCGUGCUGGUGGUGCUGCUCCCAGCUGGCCUGCUUCCGGGGUAAUCGAUCCAAUUUCUGCAAGGAAACUCGACAGGGAAGCAGGCUGGAUAAUCACGAUUUACUGGGUGGAAAAUCAGAUAGAGGAGGUUUCAGGAGGUAGAGGACAUUGUGCAACCGAUUCGGGGAAAUGGAGUAAAUCGAUGUAAUUGGAAAAGAGAUUUAUUUGAAAAGCUCUUCUGAGCUGCUUUGAUCUCCAGCUGAAGGCAGGCAGAUGAAUGAGUGUUGCUUCUCUGGCCAGGCGCAUGGGAGAGGCUCCUCUUGGCUUCACCCAACGCAGCAGCGAGUCCCCAGCCCUUCCCAGAUGGGCACGUGGAACCAUUGAGUCACUACAGUUGGAAAAGACCAUGAAGAUCAUCUAGUCCAACCUCAACCCAUCCCCACCAUGCCCACUCAUAGAAUCACAGAGUCAUGCAGGUUGGAAAACACCUCCAAGGUCCCCAAGUCCAACCCCAGCCCAUCCCCACCACCAUGCCCGCUGAGCAUCUCCCUCCGUGCCAUGUUUGCUCAGCGAUACUCUCCACCCCUCCUCAAAUUCAAUAGGAAACCAGACCAGAAGGAUUUCUGGUUCCUUCAGCACCCGCCAGCCCCCUCCUCUACCCUCCCCUUCAGGUACACCAAGAUGAAGACAGCCACCAACAUCUACAUCUUCAACCUGGCGCUGGCCGACGCGCUGGCCACCAGCACGCUGCCCUUCCAGAGCGCCAAGUACCUGAUGGAGACCUGGCCCUUCGGGGAGCUGCUCUGCAAGCUCGUGCUCUCCAUCGACUACUACAACAUGUUCACCAGCAUCUUCACCCUCACCAUGAUGAGCGUGGACCGCUACGUGGCUGUGUGUCACCCGGUCAAGGCGCUGGAUUUCCGCACGCCAGCCAAGGCCAAGGUCAUCAACGUCUGCAUCUGGGUGCUCUCCUCCGUCAUCGGGGUGCCCAUCAUGGUCAUGGCGGUCACCAAGUCGAAAGACGGAACAGUGCUGUGCACGCUGCAGUUCCCCGACCCUCCCAUCUACUGGGACACGGUGACCAAGAUCUGCGUCUUCAUCUUCGCCUUCUUGGUGCCCAUCCUGGUCAUCACCAUCUGCUACGGGCUGAUGAUCCUGCGCCUGAAGAGCGUCCGUCUGCUCUCGGGCUCCAAGGAGAAGGACCGCAACCUGCGGCGCAUCACCCGCAUGGUGCUGGUGGUGGUGGCAGCCUUCAUCAUCUGCUGGACGCCCAUCCACAUCUUCGUCAUCGUCUGGACGCUGGUGGACAUCGACAAGAAGAACCCCUACGUGGUGGCCAGCCUGCACUUCUGCAUCGCGCUGGGCUACACCAACAGCAGCCUCAACCCCGUCCUCUACGCUUUCCUGGAUGAAAACUUCAAGAGGUGUUUCCGGGAGUUCUGCCUGCCCUUCCGAGCCCGCGUGGAGCAGAACAGCUUCUCCCGAGCGCGGAACACCACGCGGGAGCGCGUCUCCACCUGCGCCCCGUCGGACAGCCGCGGCCAGCCGGCAUGACUAGGCGUGGGUGAGCAGCGGGGCGCUGGGGAUGAGCCACGCUCCGAGGUCACCCAGGAGACCACCACCGAGCUCUAGCCCCGCUGGGACUGAACGCAAAUGGGCUGCGAGGGGUUUUCUUCUUGACGGGGACUCGCUGAGCAACAUGAGGACGCCCAUUGCGCGCGUAGGCUUUGGGAUGUCUUUCUGUCCGUGGAAAACCCAUCGGUGAUCGGUGGUUUACCGGAGACCUCCAAGACAAUGCUGGCCCCAGGGAGGACUUUUGAGUUGAUACUAUUGCUGUGCCAUCGGGAUCUCGCCGGCUGCCCUGUGCGUGGGUGCAAGGCCGGCAAUGCGGACACGGUGUCCCCAGCCCAUCCCUGCAGCCACACAGUGAUGCUGGAUUCCUGCAUCCUGCAGGGCAGCGGGUACCGCUCCCAUCCAUCUGCCGCCAGAGACAGCCAGCCCGAGGAAGAUCUCAUUACAGAGCAAUUGGGGAGUUUCUCGCAGCGCUAACGCGAUUAGGACGGAGCAUCCAUCCCUCGUCCUCUCCGGCACUGACAGUUCAUGCACUCACAGCCAUGCGAGGCAGAGCCCAGCCCAGGGUUGGGGUUGGAUGGGCGGAUGGACGCCCUGCUCCCCAGCAGCACCUCGAGGGGAGCGCAUCCUGCAGCAGCCACCAGCCCUGGGGCUCUGUGCUGCAUUACCGCCGCUAAAUGGGGACAGAUGCGUCCCUGGUGCCGCUGACCUUCCGUCCCCUCCACUUCCUGCAGCAGCUCCACACCCACGAGGUCACACAGCCCACGGAGGACAGGGCUCGGAAGGAGCGCUAAUGGCUUUUAUUGGACAAAUUGAUGGCGCUGGAGGAAGCAGGCGAGCGCGCGGGUGCACCUGGGGCGUGUGGGCUGGAAGGAGAGGCUGCCUCCUGGCUCUGGUUUUUUUCCAGUUGCAUCAAUUGAGCAUAAUGAAGGUCAUUACCUCCCCACACCAGCCUUACCUUGAUGCAGAGCGGCUGGGAAUUGCAGCCUGCCCCUUUGCAAGGCAGAGCCGACGAGGCAGCCGAGACCAAUUUCUUCUUCAAAGGACCAAAUGGGAUGAAAUUUCUCAUUGGGGUGAAAUUUCACAUCCAGGACCACUGGGGCACGCACGCAAUCUGUCUGCAGCGCAUCCCUCCCACCUGAGCAACACUUGGUCUGCUUGUGCAUCCUGCCAGGCUGAGCAUCAGCCCCGUGUGGGGUUGGGGUGUCCCUGUAGGGUUGGGAUGUCCCUGUAGGAUUGGAAUGCCUCUGCAGGGUUGGGAUGUUCCUGCAGGGUUAGAAUGUCCCUGUAGGACGGGGGUGUCCUGUGGGGUUGAGGUGUCCCUGUGUGGUUGAGAUGUCUCUGUCUCUGUAGGGUUGGGAUGUCCCUUGCAGAGUUAGGGUUUCCUGCAGGGUUAGAAUGUCCUUGUAGGAUUGGGUGUCCUGCAGGGUUGGGGUGUCCCUGCAUGAUUGGGCUGUCCCUGUAGAAUUGGGGUGUCCCUGUAAGGCUGGGGUGUCCUGCAGGGUUGGGGUGUCCCUGAAGGGUUGAAACAUCCCUGCAGGGUUGGGGUAUCCCUGUAGGAUUGGGGUGUCCUGCAGGGUUGGAAUGUCUCCGGGGGUUGGGAUGUCCUUGUAGGAUUGGUGUGUCCUGCAGGGUAGGGGUGUCCAUAUAGGAUUGGGGUGUCCUGCAGGGUUGGGAUGCCCUGGGACACCAGGUGCUGCAUCACAAGGGACACAGGGAGGUGACCCCACCACCACGGCUCCAUCCACGAGGCCACCAGCGCUGAGGACCAUUUCCCACGCCACGGGGCCCUCUCCGCUCUCUCAGCCUGCUGGAAGACGUGCUGCAGUGCCCUCAAAGUGGGUUAAAAGGCUCUUGGUCAUUAUUUUUUAAACUCAGCCACGCUCCGGCAGAGCUGGAGCCCAGGAUGCAGGCGGAGGAGCACGGGGAGAAACGGAAAGCGGAGGAAAAGCUUAACCCUGCUUCCACCCCAUCGGCGAAUCGGGAUGCUCACGGGGAGGGCACUCUGCACGCUCAUACACACAUCUAUCUAUGUACAUGGCUCUACCUAUAGGCAGACCCCGCGUCCCCAUCCCCGUCCCCUCCGCUGUGUCCCAGGGAUGGCACUGGGCCCCCCCCGGUGCCCACCCCCCUGCCCCAAGCCCUCGUCACUCGGUGGCAUCACCGUGCAGGAGCUGAGCAUUCUGGAAAAGGAAAGAGGAGAGCCAAGAGCUUCCAGCGCUGCUUCCAUUCCCCAAAGCUGAAAAGGAGAGGGGAUGCAUUGGGGGGCAGCGGGGAGGGGCUGUGCCCCCCGGGGCUGCCAGAUGGGGGGGAGCACUGGGAUCCCAGCGCUGAGCGCACGGAGGCGGUGGCACUGCCGGGUCCCUCUGCGGUCGUUAUUGCAGCAGCACAGCACCCAGCUCCGGGCCGAGCCACGCUGGUAAUCUAAAUGCAAAUGAGGAUUUAGUGCAAAUGGGAACGGAACGGGGAGUCGGAGCCCGUAACUCUCCUCGCACUUAAUGAGACGGUGGAUUCUGCAGAGGCAGAAGGAUGCAGCGAUGUCACAGCACGGAGCGAUGCAGCGGUGCUUCCCCGCAGCUCGUGUGCACCCAAAGCCAGUCCCAGGGAACGGCAUUUGCAACCCGAGAAGACGUUUGCUAUUGGAACACCUCCUUUUUUUGUUGUUGUUGUUGUUGUUUUGUUAAUUAAUCCAUUAAAUAAUGAGCCCUCAUGCAGCACGCUUGAUUCCGACACGUGUGAUUAAUGACGCGGCCGCCGGGUUCUUUGUCUGCAGCGAUGCUGUCAUUGCAUUAUUACGCACAUGGCCAUGACUUCGUGGUGCGGAUGCAGAGUUCCCCCCCCCAUAAAUCCCCCAGAGCAGCCCAGGAUGUGCUUGGGCUCUCAGAGAUGCUCCUGGCUUCACUUAAAAAGCAAAACCCAACUCGUCGUGAAUAAUGACUGAGGCUUGCCAUUUUGUCUCCCUCUCCUUUCCCAGCUGCAAACCCUGCACAGCCCCAAUGCGCAACAGCACAGCCCUGAUGCACGAUGGCACAGCCGUGUGCUGGGAUGCAAUGGUUGCAUUCCCCCCCUGGGUGCCACGCACAGGGCUUGGGGAGGUGGUGCUGAACGUGCCCUGAGCAUCUUCCACCGAUGCUCAAACCCCACAGUACGAUGGGUGCAGGUUUCUGGCUCUGCUUUUGGGGAUGAGCCCCAGCCGUGCACCAAACCCAGACCCCACCGCCACCGUGGGGAUGGGGAAAGCUCAUCCCCCCUCUAUUCUCUCCCAGGGCCCCAGUUCCUCCCUUUCAUCCCCAAAAUGCCACCUCCUCGCCCACGCAGCGAGCUGCCAGCGCAGAGCCGCGUUAAUGAGACGUUUCCCUUUCCUCUUACGCUGUUUUCCUUCACCCUCCCCAUCCGCGGGGGCACAGCCUUCCCCAAAUUCCGCGCAGCGCCCCAUUGAAGUGUCACUCCCGCUCCCAAGACGACGUGGGUUGAUUCAUCGCUGCUGAUAAAUUUAAACCCUUGUGUUUGUGCCAUUGUUCUCCCCAUCCGUGUUUUCCCCUCUUCCUCAAUAAAGCCCCCUCGCUCUGACAAGUGCUGCUGGGGGAUGUUCCCUCCCCAGGAACAGGGUGGGGAACGCUGGGGUUUGUUCCCAAAUGACUUCAGCAGCUCCAGACCAGGGACCACGUAGGGCAGUGCCACCAGCCCAGCGCUGCACACGCUGCAAUGUGGCCCCACACAGGGGCUCGGGGUGUCCAAGAGCCAGGAAGGUGCCGAGCUCAAGCCCUCACCUUUCAUCCACCCUAAGAACAUUUUCCAGCUUGUCAAGAGGACAUCACCUUUACAGAGUGAUACCCUCUUUGGGAGGCAUUCACACCACAAAGGAAUGCAUCGAGAAUCCAAACCCAGGCUUACUGGCAACUUAACCCAACCCAACCCCAUGCCAACCCCAAC